CUAAAAGCAAAAUAAUGUCUAAUAUAAUUGCACAGAGACUAUGUUAUUCACCAAGAUCUUAGCACAGGAGUGUGCUCAUGAACCCGAGUUGGUAGAGAUCUCGCAUGUCAGUUCCAUUCCUUGCCUCCAAGGGAUCUGCGAUUCUCUAGUGGACGAGCUGAGUCUCAUAGGGCAUUGUGACAUCAUUGGGCAUGCGGCCUAGACUCAACACUUCAGAGAUACGAGCCGAGCCCCCAGACCAGGAGCUGGGCAGCGCGUAAGCUCUUUGUUAUAAGUUCAGAGAUCUAACUGUAGAAGAACUGAAGAAUGUGAACACGUUUUUUCCGCAUUUCAGAUAUUCCAUGGACACCUAUGUUUUUAAGGAUAGUUCCCAGAAAGAGCUGCUGAAUUUUACUGGCACCAUUCCUGUGAUGUAUCAGGGUAAUACCUAUAACAUCCCAAUUUGUUUUUGGAUUUUGGAUUCUCACCCGUUUGCUCCCCCCAUCUGCUUCUUGAAGCCAACUGCGAAUAUGGGGAUCUCGGUUGGAAAACAUGUGGAUGCUCACGGCAGAAUAUACUUGCCCUAUCUCCAGAACUGGAGCCAUCCUAAAUCUGUCAUUGUUGGAUUAAUUAAGGAGAUGAUUGCCAAGUUUCAAGAGGAACUUCCCCUGUAUUCUCUACCAUCGUCUGAUGAGGCACGGCAGGGAGACUUGCUAGCCUAUAUUGCAAAAAUCACUGAAGGUGUCUCAGACAUAAAUUCAAAGAGCUGGCCAAAUCAUGAAAAUAAAACAGUCAACAAAAUUACUGUGGUUGGAGGUGGAGAGCUGGGUAUCGCUUGCACAUUAGCAAUUUCAGCAAAGGGCAUUGCAGACAGGCUGGUCCUCUUGGACCUCUCAGAAGGGACUAAAGCAGGGACGAUGGACCUUGACAUCUUCAGCCUGCCUAACGUGGAGAUUAGCAAAGAUUUAUCUGCCUCUGCUCAUUCCAAGGUGGUGAUCUUCACAGUCAACUCCUUGGGCAGUUCUCAGUCCUACCUUGAUGUGGUGCAGAGCAACGUGGAUAUGUUCCGAGCCCUUGUCCCAGCUCUGGGACAUCACAGUCAAAACAGUGUCCUGCUGGUUGCAUCUCAGCCAGUGGAAAUCAUGACCUAUGUGACAUGGAAGCUGAGUGCAUUUCCUGCAAAUAAAGUGAUUGGAAUUGGAUGCAACCUGGAUUCACAGAGGUUACAGUAUAUCAUCACAAACAUUUUGAAGGCACAGACUUCAGGCAAAGUAUGGGUUAUUGGUGAGCAGGGAGAAGACAGAGUGCCCACGUGGGAUAGCCAAGAAGUCACAAGUCAUCACUCUCAGGUGCAGCUGUCCAACAGAGCCAUGGAACUGGUGAAAGUAAAGGGUCACAGAUCCUGGUCUGUCGGGCUAUCAGUAGCUGACCUCGUUGACAGUAUUGUACAUGAUAAAAAGAAGGUGCACUCUGUAUCGGUUUUAGCAAAGGGAUAUUAUGAUAUAAACAGUGAAGUAUUUUUAAGUUUGCCUUGCAUCCUUGGAACUAACGGGGUAUCCGAAGUCAUCAAAGCCACAGUGAAAGAAGAUACGGUGACUGAGAAGCUCCAGAGCAGCGCAGCCUCAAUCCAUGGUCUCCAACAACAGUUAAAACUUUGAUUCUCAAGGGCAGUUACCUGACAGAAAAGGUGAUUCAAUUCCGCCAACAUUUACAGCUUCAAGAACUUCUGUAUCUUAUAUCCUCACAGGCUGCUUGGUUAAGGUAGAUGGUUUCUUGGUUAGCUUUGUAAUUUGAAUCCCUAAGGAGUUAGACAUGGAGGAGUGGGGACACUCAAUUUUCUUUGGGGUUCUUGAAGUAUCUAUACUGUUCUUUAAAUCCUUAGCAGAGAUAAACGUCUAUCUGCAAUACGCAUUAUUUUGAGUUGUCCAGCCUAAACUAAAAGUACAUUUAGCACUUUGGGGAUCUUUUGAAAGCAAUACAUUUUUUUUUUCUCUGUAUUUUUCUUUUUUUUUUUUUUAAAGCAAUACAUUUUUAAAGAAAAUUACUGUUGGCAAUGAACAUGAUAAACUGAAGAUCAGUAUAGGUUUACCAUAUGUGCUAGAUGUACACUCAAGGGAUCCACAGCUUAAGAUAUCAGUUCUUUGUUUCUUGUUUUUUAAAUACACUUGGUAGUAAUGUAAAGCCUUUUAUUUUAUUUUUUCUAAA